AUGAGCGCCAGGGAAAAGGCUGCUUUGCUGUGUCUUCCUUUGAAGAUCGGGCUGUUGUCUUCCGUGAUUGUUCUCUUGCCUGCUUGCAAUCACGCAAACAAACCGCACUCCAUGAAGGCUGCUGUGCGGAGUAUCGCCGACCUGUGGCGACCUGUGAACACUGUCAUAGGUCCGUCGUGCAGGUUUGUGGGGUCCCUUUGGCUGCAGCUGGCGCUCUUGAGCUGCGGGGAGGCGGUAACGCUGCGCGUGGACGCCGCCACUGCUGGUGGUGGUGAUGCUCUGCAGGCCCCCUCCCUCCCAACGCCGACUUUGCCCUCCCGGCCAUCUCUGCCGAGGAGGCCGCCCUCACCUCUACCGUGCUCACCCGCCAGACCGGGCCACCUGCCGCGGUGCUCCGGCUCUUCAAGCAGCACGCAGAUGCCACUGGAAAUCGCUUCUUCAUCCUUGCGGCAGUCUUCAUCUACGCCAUCGUGA